AUGGCGGUGUCCAGUGAGGCAGAAGAGGAGGCGGUAGUUUAUUUAGUCGUGAGCGGUAUACCCUCGGAGUUGCGGUCAGCCCAGCUUCGGAGCUACUUUAGCCAGUUCCGGGAACAGCGCGACUGUGGCUUCCUCUGUUUCCAUUACCGGCAUCGGCCUGAGCGGGCCCCUCCCCAGGCUGCUCCCGACUCUACCCCAACUCCUAUCCGCCACGGUCUUGCCCAGACUUCACUCAACGAUGCCGGUGCUCUCUCAACUCAGGACUCUAACCCCACCCGGACCCGCACCUGCUGCUGUGUUGUCUCUGUACGGGGGGCCGCUCAAGCCCAGAGGUUUCUCCGCAUGUACUCGGGCCGCCGGUGGCUGGAUUCUCAGGGGACUUGGUUACCUGGUCGUUGUUUCAUCCGCAGACUUCGGUUACCUACUGAGGCAUCAGGUUUGGGCUCCUUUCCCUUCAAGACCCGGAAGGAACUGCAGAGUCACAAAGCUAAGAGUGAAGCCUUCACACUGGCUGACCUGAGGCAGCUGCCAGAGCUGAAUCCACCGGUGCUGAUGCCCAAUGGGAAUGUUGGCACUCCCCUGCGGGUCUUUUUAGAAUUAAUCCGGGCCUGCCGCCUACCCCCUCGGAUCAUCACCCAGCUUCAGCUCCAGUUCCCCAAGACAGGUUCCUCUCGGCGCUAUGGCAAUGUGCCCUUCACUUAUGAGAACUCAGAGACUGUGGAGCAAGAAGAGUUUGUGUACACAGCCGAGGGUGAGGAAAUACCCCAGGGAAGCUGCUUGGCAGACAUACCAUCCAACUCCCGUGAAGAGCCAGAGGAAGAGGAAGAAGAGACACACUCAGAUGACGAUGAUGACCGGGGUGAGGAGUGGGAGCGGCACGAGGCACUGCAUGAGGACGUGACGGGGCAGGAGCGGACCUCUGAGCGGCUCUUUGAGGAGGAGAUCGAGCUCAAGUGGGAGAAGGGCGGCUCCGGCCUGGUGUUUUAUACCGACGCCCAGUUCUGGCAGGAGGAGGAAGGAGACUUUGAUGAACAGACAGCUGAUGACUGGGAUGUGGACAUGAGCGUGUACUACGACGCAGAUAGUGGAGACAAAGACGCCCGAGACUCUGUCCAAAUGCGUCUGGAACGGAGGCUCCGUGAUGGCCAGGAGGCCGGCUCUGUGAUCAGACACCAGGUGGGCACCUUUGAGCGCCAUACCAAGGGCAUUGGGCGGAAGGUGCUGGAACGGCAGGGCUGGGCUGAGGGCCAGGGCCUGGGCAGCCGGUGCUCAGGUGUUCCUGACGCCCUGGAUAAUGAUGGCCAGCACCCCAGAUGCAAGCGUGGACUGGGGUACCAUGGAGAGAAGCUCCAGCCAUUUGGGCAACCGAAGAGGCCCCGUGGAACUGGCUUGGGGCUCAUCUCCACCAUCUAUGAUGAGCCCCUACCCCAGGACCAAGGAGAGUCGCUGCUCCGCCGCCAGCCACCCACCAGCAUGAAGUUUCGCACGGACAUGGCUUUUGUGAGGAGUUCCAGCUGUGCCUUGAACAGCCUCUCAGAGCCUGAGUGGCAGGUUCAAGGACUCCGCCUUAAUCAGGAUCACUCAUAACUGCACAGUGGCAGCCUGUGCCCAGCCUUAUCUUCCACUGAAGGCAGAGAGAACUCUGGGAGCAGCAGUCUGCACGGUUGUUCAGAAUGCUUUGUUCAGAACUUGCCUUCUGGUUGUCUACCUCAGGGACAUUUUUACAAAAAGCCCCCGUUAUAUACUUCCCUUUAAUGAAAGGAAUUAAUGACUCCUCCUCCUUGGUCUUCUAACUCUAGUCCCUAUUUUUUGGGCUUGCUUCUGUUGCCUCCCCCAGCCCCUUGAAAAGCUGGACUGAGUGAGGUUAUCAGCAAAACCUUCCUGGGAGGAGGUUACCAUGAAGCCCAGAAAGAGGUGGGUUAAGGACACGGAAGAGGAGAGGGCUCGUGCUCCUAAGAGACAGUCUUGGGGCGGGCUCCAGUGUCUACCCUUCACUGGCUGGGACGGGGCAGCGGACAACCUGCCGCAGAUGUGCCGGGUCUGUGACCUAACGGGAGAAUUAAAAAGUU